AUGCUGCGAACGUUGCGUGGCGUUCGGUCGGCAGAUAAAAAGCCAAAAUCAGCAGGGAAACUAUUGAAGGGAUGGGAGACAGGGAAUCCGACUGUCCCUAAUAAUGAACAGAUUCCCAAAACGAUACAGCAAAAUACAGAGUUUGACCCCUUGCUUCGGGUCCAUCAUAUUCGGGUAAGCGUUACUAAAUGUCCCCACAUCCGAGUGAAAGUUUUCGAGACGGAAAUGGAAGCUUUGCUGGAUUCAGGAGCGAGCAUUAGCGUGAUUAACUCGCCAGAAUUGGCCGAGCAGUAUAGAUUAAAAAUCCUCCCAGCAGCAGUUCGCGUAAGCACAGCUGACGGGACGGAGUAUAAGUGUUUGGGAUAUUUGAACAUCCCAUCCACCUAUAAAAAUAAAACAAAGGUGGUACCGACGAUAAUCGUCCCUCAAAUUUCCAGGUCUUUGAUCCUGGGUGCCGAUUUUUGGGACUCAUUCGGUAUUCAACCAAUGAUCGAUGUGGGAAAUGGGCCAGAAAAGAUCGAGACAUUGGAAACCAGUACAAACUCGCUUCUCUGUUACAAUAUCGAACCAACAGGUGAACUUCCGAAGUUGGAGCAGAAAGAUACCGACGAGACACUGGAUAUUCCAACAAUGAGCGAGAUUUCUGAACCAGUCCCGGAAACUGUUGAAACGGAACAUGAGCUUAGCGAACUUCAACGUUCUGAGUUGAUCGAAGCAAUCAAACAGUUUGACUGUACUUCUCCUGGAAAGUUAGGUCGAACGAAUCUGAUUCAGCACGAGAUUAUCCUAAAGGAGAGCGCAAAACCAAGGUUUCAGCCGGUUUAUAAAUGCUCUCCAUUUAUUCAGCAAGAGAUCGACGCCGAAAUAGAGGGUUUCAAGAGUUUAGAUGCGAUCGAAGAAUGUUACAGCGAAUGGACCAACCCGCUAGUUCCGGUCAGGGAGGCAAACGGGAAGAUUCGCGUUUGUCUGGAUUCACGACGAAUUAAUGCGAUGACGGUGAAGGAUGCAUACCCGAUGCAGAAUAUGCAGGAUAUUUUCCAUCGGCUGGAUCAUGCGAAAUUCUACUCGAUCAUAGAUCUAAAGGACGCAUAUGUCCAGAUCCUGUUAAAGGAGGAGUGCAGAAAUUAA